ACGUAAUUUGAAAUUAUUAUGAAAGCGUAAAAUGCUUAGUAUAUGUUAGCGGUAAUUGAGCGAAUGUUUCUUCGGGACUUGUUUUAAGAGCGCACCCAAAAGCCCGGGUUAGAGGAGCAUGGAGGAAAUGUGGACGAAUUACGAAGGCAGGUCCAUGUUCUAAAUGAUAAUGUGGAGGCGCUUGCUGCUGAGGGGCACCACCUGUCUUAUGCGGGUGACAGACCCAAAGAUCCUCCACCACAGACCGUUUUCACUGCUGUGUUUGAGGCUGGUCACUCACAGGCUCAGCCACAAGCUUUCCGAGGCUCCAUGUCCAGUCCUCCGGCUCAGGAGUAACCUUACAGGCCCUCUGUUUGUGGAGGUCGGGACUAGAACUCAUAAAAAGGACGCUAAAUCUACAGUGGAGUUUCCAGCCAGUCCUGUCACAGUCACAGACAUCAAACACUAUCUACGUACCAAAGAAAUCCCUUUCCAUGAUGGAUACAGCUGCCUCCACAUCCAGAGCAUCUUCGUCAAGUCAUCUAACAGGAAGGAAACCUUCUCCUUGUUUAUUGACAAAACCACUGGACAGUUUCUCUGUAAAGACACUCUGGUGGAGGGGAGCUGGGAGGACCUCCAGGACUGUCUGGAAGUCAUGCAGAAGGAGCAGGAGGACUUCCUGAGCCCUCAUGUGCUACUGGGAUAUCCAGAAAGCGUGGAGGAGCAGGAAGAGAGGGAGAGGGAUCUGAGGGAGGUGCAGAGGAUCUGGUCCAGCUCAGUACCGCUCACUGACCUUCCUGAGGACGAAGCACAGCUGAUUAAAACCAUGUUCCAGAUCCCAAAAGUCUCUAAUGCAACGCUUAAGAAGUUUGGUGUGAAGCUUUUCAAGCCAACUAAGAGUCUAGUUUUUCCCUGGUUCGGUGGACCCGACUGCUCCUUAAAAGGAGUCAAGCUUCUCUCAGCCCAAAGAACAGACACCGAAAAAGUGAUAUACAAUGAAGUCACAGUCCCAAAGUGUAGUUCUUACUACAACCUGUUUGGCCUGCCCCUCAUAGGCCGUAUGGACUCCGAGGUGGUGCUGACUGGCCAUGAGCUGGACACUCUGGCUGUGAGUCAGGCCACAGGCCUCCCUAGCAUUGCACUCCCACGGGGGGUCAGCUGCCUGCCACCGAUCCUGCUGCCUUACCUGGAACAGUUCAAGCGAGUGACGCUGUGGCUGGGCGGUAACGUCCGCUCCUGGGAGGCUUCAAAGAUGUUUUCUCGUAAGCUGGGUCUGAAGCGCUGCUUGCUAGUUCGACCGGGGGAAUUUCAGCCGUGUCCCGUGGAGGCGCUCGCUCAGGGAAAAAACUUAGUCCGCAUCAUCAAAGCCUCCAUCCCAGCGGCCCAUAAGUCAAUAGUGUCAUUCAAGCAGCUCAGAGAGGAUGUUUAUGGGGAACUGGUGAACACGGAGCAGGUGGCUGGUGUGAGGUGGACUAGGUUUCCAGAGCUCAACAAGAUCCUGAAGGGACACCGUAAAGGAGAGCUGACAGUGUUCACAGGUCCUACUGGCAGUGGGAAGACCACCUUUAUCAGUGAGCUAGCCCUGGACCUCUGCAUGCAGGGUGUCAACACUCUUUGGGGCAGCUUUGAGAUCAACAACGUGCGUCUAGCUAAAAUCAUGCUGACCCAGUUCGCCAUGCAGAGGCUGGAGGAGAACCUGGAGCAGUAUGACUUCUGGGCAGAUAAGUUUGAAGAGCUGCCGCUGUACUUCAUGACUUUCCACGGGCAGCAGAGCAUCAAGAAUGUGCUGGACACUAUGCAACACGCUGUCUACCUGUAUGAUAUUAACCAUGUCAUCAUUGAUAACCUGCAGUUUAUGAUGGGGCAGGAAAACCUCUCAGUAGACAAGUUUGCAGUCCAGGAUCAUAUCAUUGGGGCAUUUAGGAAGUUUGCCACCAGCAGCAGCUGCCACGUCACACUAAUUAUUCACCCCCGAAAAGAGGAAGACGACAGAGAGCUUCAAACUGCAUCUAUCUUUGGUUCUGCUAAGGCCAGCCAAGAGGCCGACAACAUCCUGAUACUGCAGGAGAAGAAGCUGGUCACACGUCCUGGCCGCAGAUCCCUGCAGGUGACCAAGAACCGCUUCGACGGAGAUGUGGGCAUCUUCCCUCUGGACUUCAUCAAGUCCUCGCUCACCUUCUCACCGCCCAGCAAACACAAACUGAGGAAGGUCCAAAUCAAACCGGAGGACGAGGGGAACGAGGUGGAAGCCAAGAUGGCUGAGGCUAAAAAGGAGAAGACGGAGAAAGCAAACAAAGCUCCGCGACCUGUUAAGAAUCCAGCAGCUGCAACUGAAACCAAGUAGUGAUAAUAAGUUCCCAGUUUUAAUACUCCAGUGUUUCAAAGUCCAAAUUUAGCUCAUUUACACUAUAUAAUGUAAUGUAUAAAUAAUUUUAGACAGUUUUUUGUAAAUGAUCAACAUAUGAAAUAACUGUUAACCUUUAAGGUUCUUGACAUUUCAUUAAACAAAAAUGUGAAAUAACUAUAUUAAAGUUUUAGUGUUGGUACAUGUUGUACUAGUAUACAGUUUCUGAAGCUUUUCCAUGCAGUUACUACUGUGUUUUCAUGUAAUGCUGUGACACAAAGCGCUACUGUUUUCACAGUGAAACACUAGGACACUGUUCGCUUUGCCAGGAUGACAUCAGCACUUGCACAUUGUAACAGUGCGCUCUCUACUGACUUUUCUACAGCGAUGACCUAUGAAAUCACCACAUUUUUUUAAAAUAAAUUGCUUAUAUUGCA